AUGAAUUCCAGCGACCCCUCCGCUAUGAACAACGACGGCUCAAUCACCGAGGAAAUCGACUACGAUUUUUUUGCGAAUUUCAUGCAGGAGAACCCUACUUCAUCGAGCUCUUCUAUCGCGCCGGUAGCUUCAACACAUCCUGGCUCCAUCGAACAGGACGGCUUCAGGCAGAACGAUCCCAGCGAGUUUUAUCACGGCAACAACUGGCCAAUCUACCCUUCUGAGAGCUCCGUAGACAACAGCAACUGGUCUAACUUCCAAGACAACAUGUACACUUCUAGCGACAGCGUACCAGGACAGUCGGCCGCUGACUGGAACUUGCAAGGAGGUUACAGUCACCUAGAGGCUGGCCAACAGUAUCAGCCAGAGAAUAACGUAGCCUUCGGCUCGCCCAGCAGCUUGGGAAACGACUUUACUAGAUCAGCGCCAUCACUCACAUCCGCGACUCCUGAUACAUCGGCGGCGCACCACCCGCCUGUCACCAACCAUCGCGCACCCGUCACGCACCCCACAGUAGCGACCGGUGACGCAUCUGUUCCCCAGCAGUCCGAGAACAAGGACGCUGGAACUGGCCAGCAAGCUGCUGACGGCGCUGACGGCGCGGGCGCUGCUAAACCUAGUACACCCAAGCAUAUCCUUGACAAAGAGAAGCAAGCCCGGGCCGCGAUCAGGAAGUUGAAGGAAAAAUUCAGUAUCGAUGGGCAGAUGGGCGAGUCUAUCACCAUGGUUCGUACCAACACUGGAGUUGAGUUCAGUGGUACGAUGUGGAAGGCGCCUGCCAACGAUACGAGCAUUCCUACAACAGAAGUGGAGAUCAAGGCAUGCGUCGAUGCUCUUGACACGGCAAUGCACAACGUCGUAAACAUCCGGGAGAAGGCCGAUGUCAAGUCAUCGAACAAUCGGUGGAACUCUAAGUCCAAGUACUAUUUCCCGGAAGAAUACAAUGCAGCUGCUGGCCUGCUUGUGAAAGAGCUUAUCAAAAUCCACACCGACGGUUGGACCAAGCAGAUCUUUGACUCGAACGAGCGUGAGCAAUGUCAGCUUACCCAGUUCUACACGUUUGAAGAUCGAUUUGAAGGUCUUCGGGAACUGCUUCACUACUCCAAGACGUCUUGUCAAGAUAUCAUGAAGGGUUCCCGCUUCUAUACCAUCAUCGCCAACCCGCGCAACCUGAUCCAUCGCACGGCGACCAACAAGACUGCCAACGUCAACAAAGGCAAUCAGAUCAAGGCAGGUAAGAAGGUGAUGAAGCAAGAAAGCAGCACAACAACUUCUCCCGGCGGCGAUGACAAAAACGACAAGGCAAAACAACAGGACAGCGAGGAGGGCUCCAACAGCGAAGAGUCCACAAAGGUCAAGAAGGCCUCGAGGGGCAAGAAGCGCGCUCGCGAAGAGACCUUCGUUGCGGAGGACCCGGCGGGCCAACCGCCUCGCAAGAAAGCGCCUGUGAAGAAGCGUAGCGGCGCAUGA